GCGACAGGGAAAUCAAAAACGUUGCAUUGAAAAAAAAAAAAAAAACCAUAGUUAGAAGUGGAUUUAUCUGCAGGUUCCAAACAACACCAAUGCCUGCUGGCUGGUAGGGUAGGUACUCAGCUCCAGGGCGCCACCCGCCACUCGGGUAGCACAUGACCCUCCCCAUUACCCAGCGUCGCAAUCUCGGGGAUGAUAUGUGGUCUCACAGCAUCGUAAAACACCCGGUAUGCCUCCCCGCUCAUGUGCAAACCGUCGGGAAGCAGGUUCUCCAGAUGACCACAUAGGCCACACCCUGGGUCCCCUAGCAGUGCAUCGCCCACCCCGUAGAACCCGGGCGUUUUAGCUACAGCUACGUCCAUGAGCUCCUUCCACAGAUCGAUGAGCACCACGCCGCUAGGUGCCAACUCGCCGGCCAACUCGCGGGCCGCGGCCGAGUAAGAAGCCGAUACUCUUGCGCGGCGCGAGGGCCCGUCGCGGCCGUUGGCGCGGUCGAUGGCGCCGAGACGAAUCUCGUCCAGGGGCGGCGGCGUCACAAGGAGGAUCUUGGGCUUAUGGGCGACGACGUGCGGGUGCGUGACGAUGGCGCGCAGGUUGGUCUUGUACUGACCAAGGUCCACGUGCUGGUUAUCGACAGGCGAGGGCAAGGCUGCGUCGUUGGCUCCGAGGAGGACGACCAGGUACUUGAGCUGAGGGCCUGCCGAAUGAGGAGCCUGGAUAAUUUCAGGUAGAAUCUUGAGAACCUGCGAGGUAUUGUAGCCCGAAAAACCUCUGUUUAUGACAUCAUAUCGCCGCUGGCAGUCUUUUCCGGAGAGUAUGCCGCAUUAUCAGCUUCAAAGGUCCGGGUUGGGCCUGUAUGGUGUUGAUGUCGCUCAUUUGCAACAGUAGCCCGACGGCAUGGAACAUUGAUCCCACUCACGAUUUUGCAGUGCUCCUUGGAAAGAGAAUCCGCCCUGAACAUCGGAUGCGCCCUGAAAGAGCGAGUCUCCAAGAAGAACCACUUGGGGCCAAGGUGCCUAACAGCGCAUGUUAGUCAAUUCUCACGAUAUAGUCACCAUGACUAUCUAGAUAUCUCUCUUGGAUUAAAACUAUCUAGUAACUUACAGCCAUUGCGCAAAUUUGCAAACUUCAAAAAAGUCACCACCGAGUCGAUAGACAGCGAAAAUCUAUGUCAGCAAUCACAGGGACACGAAACAAAUUAUGCCGAGGAAGCAAUUAACCUCAGCCGUGGAAAAGGACGACCGACACAAAGAUUAGACUAUUGUUUUAGCCGGCAAGCUUUCAUUCAAACGGCAGGCACAGCACUGUUCGUCUAUGCAGGCCCGUAUUAACCAAGGUAGAGUACUGACUACUGUAGGUCAGCCCCCAGCACAUGCAAGUCUGCGGGGCUGCCUCAUCCCAGCCAAGAUGAUGGAUAUCAGUACUAUGGCAGCCAUUACGUGGAACACAUCAAGAAGCUCGAGUGACUUUGAGUACAAAACAAACUCCUUACUGCCGAAAUCACCGGCAAAAUAAAGGGAGAAAAUUGCGCAGAGUUUACUUUUCAUAGUCUAAUUGGCACCAGUAGUAGAGUGUUUAAGAAAUGCGUCCCCAAGACAAGCACAUGAUGUUGACCCAAGCGUCUGGUGGAGAAGCAACUGAACUUCCAGGGUGUUUGGUGGGUCGUCGAAAGCUUGAAGAAACCAGCGGGCAAGGUGACGUCCAACAAACAUUCAGCAAACUUCCCAAGCAUCCGCCCAACACCACUUCGGUCUGUCCAAACGCAAGUUGUGCCGCCGUCGCUAUUCCAGACCCAGUAAGGUGAAUUUUACUCGAAAUUCGCCAAGGGCGAAUAAAAAAAUACCUGUAGAGCAAUGGGGGUUUACGAUGCCGGCCUUGCCGUCCUCCAGUUGCUGUCCCCAGCCCAAUGGGUACAGACUUUCUUCAUCCUAGCAGCAGCUGCAGUCCUCGCCCUCACAGUCUUACCUUCGCGGACUCGCAGACUCCUUCUUGACUACGGCGCCCGCGGUGGCUCGAGACAAAGUGCAGCUGCGGCUGGAAGCGACUGGCUGGAGAACAUCACCGCCACCGUCACGUCGUGGGGCCAGAUACCACACUCGUGGUUCGCUGCUUUUUAUGCAAUAUCGCUGGCCAGCUCAGCCUUUUGGGCAUACCAGUUUGCCUUUCAAGGUGAAAUUCUGCGGGUGAUCGUGUCAACCCAGGAUGCUAGCCGUUCUGAAGCCAUGGGCCAGAGCCUGGUGGCGGUCAAGGUGGCAUGGGCUUUGAUGGCACUACAGGGAGCUAGGCGACUAUUCGAGCAGCUAUUCGUUCUCCGAUCUUCGACUUCCAAGAUGUGGAUCAUCCAUUGGGCACUCGGGCUGUCUUUCUACAUAUCCAUGAGUGUUGCCGUGUGGAUCGAAGGUUCAGGAUCCAUCCUCGACCAAUGGUCAAAACCCAAUGACGCCCAUAGCCCUGGUCUCAAGGUUUUCACAGGCUCUGUCAUGUUCAUCAUCGUCUCGGUGACUCAGUUCAAGUGCCACAGUCACUUGGCAAGUCUCAAGAAAUACUCGCUCCCAACACGAGGGCUCUUCCAAUACACGGUUUGCGCCCACUACACCUGCGAGUGUCUCAUCUACAUCUCGCUGGCCAUCGUGGCAGCACCGGAAGGGCAGAUGUUUAACAAAACAAUACUGUCGGCAAUUGUAUUUGUGGCAGUCAACCUUGGCUUGACGGCACACGGCACUCGAAAAUGGUAUGAGGCCAAAUUCGGUGCCGAAAAGAUAGCGGCCCGAUGGACCAUGAUCCCUCUGGUGUACUAGUCGGUUCGAAGCAAGCAUCAUGGCGAGAUGACAAAAUCGCGUAUAGACAGUCGACUUGGUCUUAUCGAUUGACGAAAGCACCAAACUUAUUGCCUAGCUUGGAAACCUUCAAGACGUCUCUGUAUGUGAGGCUCGUCCGUACUGUACGUUCGUUGCGUCCGCCAACAAACGGUUCCUUGGAUCGCAGAAGGUCCCAGUUUGCAACGGUUGCCUCGGAGAGUCCUUCAUCUGCAUUUACGUCUGCGAUACCAUGGAGAUAAUUCGUGUAAAGGUCAUGAGUGGUGAUCAAAAGGCUUCUGGGCUCUUGUAGCACUCGCCACGAGGGCUCAGACUCUAGAGUUCCAUCGUCCUUGCUUUUAUGUAUGUUGAGACAAAGGCUGCCUCCAAGACUGACGGUACAAACUACCGGGUGAUACGCUGGUCCGUCCUGCACACUUGAUAAGCUUUCCGGAAGAACAUUCCGGAUCGAGGCCAUAGCUUGAGUGACCUACCUUGUGUGGCAUGAUGCCGACGCCUGAAGGGUAUUCGUUGAUGAGUACAUGGUUCGGGCGACGGUGUGGACUGUCGGAGAAUAUGGAGUCCUCGGUCGUGCUGGCAAGGGGGAUAGCCGCCAGUCUAGUUACAACAGGGUCUUCAAGCCAUGCCGGUAGAGGUGCAUCCAAGAGAGUGUUGUUGACUAAGUCUGAGGGCCAGGGUUGAAGCCUACGAUGGGUAAGUUGUUUCCAUCUCGGUUUGGGGGCCGCAUCUAUCUGGAACGGCGGUAAAUGGUCGCGUCAGUUGGUGGGGAACAUACAACGUUGAUCCGUGUAUGUGCCUGGCAGGGCUGAGUUGAGAGUUGCUUUGUUGCCUCGAUGAUGUUUUGAGCGAAUCCGCCUUACCUUGGAUAGGAUCUGCCUUUCUUCCUCCUCGCUUAGAAAUUCUGAAAUGUAAAAAGCAGUCCGUGGGAGAGAAUUUAUGAUGGCCUCUCGCAGUGAGCUGGGCAAUCUGGGAAGGUCAGCUGCGGCCGUAGGAGCUCGAGAGUUGUUAUCGUUAUCGGUCAUAGUUUACAGGUUCGAGAUCGGAGUGGCCGGGUCGGCGUUUGACAGUCAGCAAGCAUCCAACUGAACGCAAGCAGUAGCGCUGUUAAUCAAUAUCAAAAUGGAACCUGUAGCCGAUUCUGUUUUUGGAGGUUGGUUAUUAUGGCGGGAAAUGCAAGCGUGAGGCAAA